GAUAAUUUAGAAUUGUAAGUCUCAUUCAGAAUCCUGACCAGUCUGUGUUCUUCAAGACGCUCUUUUUUCCAUUCCGUGUCUUUGUUCUCUCCUUGCAUGCAUCAGUACCGCUAGCUUUUCUUCUUUCUUGCAAGAAGAAAGAGCUGAACCUGUGGAAGUGCAUUCUGGGUUCUGCAUUCUCCGACCGCUAAAAUACCUGUAUUCUGCCAAGCUGAGAGAUUGAAGAUGGGCGGAGAUGAUUCCGCUGUGGAGAGUGAUAAUUUUGACUGGAACACUGAAGAUGAGCUUGAAAUUGAGAACUAUCAGUCUUCAUCUUCAUGUUUAACUGUUCCUAAUGGAGAGGCUGUUACUGGGUCUGGAGAGGCAAGCUCGUCUGCAGUUUCGGAUAAUUCCAAGGUAUUCAACCACUUCAUUGGCAUGGGAUUUUCUAGAGAAAUGGUUUCUAAAGUAAUUCAGGAAUAUGGUGAGGAAAGCGAAGAUAAACUACUUGAAGAACUUCUGUCAUACAAGGCUCUAGAAAGUUCUCCCCAGCCACAACAGCGUAUUGAGCGGGAUCCUUCUUCUUCAGAAAAUGCAGGGAGCUCUUGGGAUGAUUUGUCAGAUACUGAUAUUUUUUCUGAUGAUGAAGAAAUUGCAAAAUCUAUUUCUCAGAACGAUGAUACAUUACAGACUUUGGUGAAAAUGGGGUACAAGUUGGAUGAGGCUUUAAUUGCCAUUGAAAGAUUAGGUCGAAAUUCUUCACUUGACGAAUUGGUAGAUUUUAUAGAUGUUGCUCAGCUAGCAAAGGCUGAAGAUGCUCUUCUACCGCCUGAACAAAAGCUACAAUACAAUGAUUAUACUAAAUCCAAUAAACGAAGAUUGUAUGAUUGUGAAGUGUUGGGAAGGAAAAAGCCUAGGGGGUGUGAGAAGAAAAUCGUCAACGAAGAUGAUGAGGAAGCUCUCCAUCUUCCAAACCCAAUGAUUGGGUUUGGUGUGCCUACAGAGUCAAGCUUCAUAACACACAGAAGGAUUCCAGAAGAUGCCAUUGGCCCUCCUUACUUCUAUUAUGAGAAUGUGGCCUUAGCACCAAAAGGUGUUUGGCAAACAAUUUCUAGAUUUUUGUAUGAUGUGGAGCCAGAAUUUGUGGACUCAAAGUUUUUCUGUGCGGCAGCCAGGAAAAGGGGCUAUAUUCACAACCUCCCCAUCCAAAAUAGGUUCCCACUUCUACCACUUCCACCGCGUACAAUACAUGAGGCUUUCCCCCUAACAAGGAAGUGGUGGCCCUCAUGGGACCCAAGGACCAAACUUAAUUGUCUGCAAACAUGUAUUGGCAGUGCAAAACUAACUGAAAGAAUUAGGAAAGCUGUAGAAAACCAUGCUGAAGACCCCCCUGAGCAUGUACAAAAGUACGUUCUUGAUCAAUGUCGGAAAUGGAAUCUGGUUUGGGUUGGAAGGAAUAAAGUUGCUCCUCUUGAGCCUGAUGAGGUUGAAACACUGUUAGGCUUCCCAAGGAACCACACCAGGGGAGGUGGAAUAAGUAGGACUGACAGAUACAAGUCACUUGGCAAUUCAUUCCAGGUUGACACUGUGGCAUACCAUUUGUCAGUUCUGAAAGAUAUGUAUCCUGAUGGUAUCAAUCUUCUUUCUCUCUUUUCUGGAAUUGGUGGAGCAGAGGUAGCUCUUCAUCGGCUCGGCAUCCCUCUCAAGAAUGUAGUGUCUGUUGAAAAAUCAGAAGUGAAUAGGAAUAUUGUCAGAAGUUGGUGGGAACAGACAAAUCAGAAAGGUCAUUUGUAUGACAUGGACGAUGUAAGGGAGCUUGAUGGUGAUCGUUUGGAGCAGCUGAUGAGCAUUUUUGGAGGCUUUGAUCUUGUUGUUGGUGGCAGUCCAUGUAAUAACCUGGCUGGUAGCAACAGGGUCAGCAGGGAUGGACUGGAGGGAAAAGAAUCCUCUUUGUUCUUUGAUUACUUUAGGAUUCUGGACUUGGUGAAAAAUUUGACAGCCAAACAUAGAUGAUCUUUCUCCAUUUCCCGUUUUGUAUUUAAUCCAAACUUUUAGGAUCUUCUAUGCAACCUCAAAUAUUAGAGACUGUUACUUUUCUCACCCCAUUUUUGUUGCCAAAAAUCAAUGCAACACUUUCAAAUAAAAACAUUUAUCUUAAAAUCUCU